CAUAUGAUUUAAAUAUCCAUCGUAAAUGAACCGUGUGCCGUAAUUUAAUAAAUUAUUCUAAAUAUAUGUAGACGGAAAUCGAUUUCAUGUAGAAACAAAACGUGACAGAUGGACUAGCAAGUGUAAAUCUAACAACAAUAAAGAUGGAUGAAAUAUGGAAAGAGAAUUCCCCCGAACCGGUUCAGGGGAAUGAAACUGACAAACUGCUGUCGACAACAAAGAAGAACUAUUAUCUCCGAUGGAUGUCCCUACUUGCUGGAGGAUUUGCUCAUGCUAUGAUGGCAUCCAAUCUGAUAUUCUAUGUUUACAUUAAUGAUAUCAAAGCCAUGUUUCACUAUAACCAGAAAGAAGUGGAAUUAUUUGCCUCCAUGUUGAAUGCCGGAAUUGGCCUUGGGUUUUUACCCAAUUUGAUUGGUAGCAAACUGAAAUCAACAUGGAUAUUAGUUAUUGGUUUACUGUUAAGUACUACUGGUUUACUUUUAUUGUGGAGCUCUACAAAGAUGGUGGCAUUCUAUGAGGGAAAGAGCUGGCUUAUGGCUUUCUAUUUUCUUAUUAGCGGUCUUGGAGGUUCUGUAGCCUACAUUAUGGCAUUACGAUUUAACGCAACGCAUUUUGCAGAAGACAAAAGGGGUCGUAUUAUGGCAAUGAUGUUUAUUUUCAUUGAUAUUGGCAUGAUCAGCUUCACUGUUAUAUAUUACAAGGCUUUUGCAGCAGCCGACCGAUUCGAAGGACUUUUGAUUGUUGUGGUAUCUUUCAAUGCUGCCGUAUAUAUAUUUUGUAUGAUAUUCCUCAGAAACGCAUCCUCUAAUGUUGGAGAACUUACUGUUGACAAUGAGGAACCACAGUCUUCAAAUUUCAAAUAUGAAGCAAUGGACACUAAUAACGCAUUAUCAGAAAAAUCCUUUUCGGAACUACUCUGCACUGUUGAUUAUCAAUUGCUUGCGUGGAUGUGUUCAUCGGCAUUUGCUGUGUCGCUUUUGCUAAGCAACAAUAUGACAGUCUUAACAAAAGAACUUGAUCUGACCUCUAUAGAUAGUAUCAUCACGAUUAUGUACCCACCGAUAGUGAUUGUUGCAGCAUUGGUAUUCAGUGCAGCAUCUGACAAAAUGAAGCAUAUUUUAACGAGGACAUCAUUCUUAAUCGCGGGAGUAAUAUGUUUAGCCAUCAGUUCGAUGUUAAAUGCUUUCUUAUCGUCAGGAAAGGGGGUUGUCAUCACUGCGGUAGUGUUAGCCGCUAUUGGAACUGGAAUAGUGUAUACCAUUGGACCUACAGCUAUGAGUGAAGUGUUUCACAUUGAUAAUUUAAUGCGCAAUUGGGGUCUGGUAAUGCUACUUCGAGCUGUUCUAAUAAUUAUUCUUCAUUUGAUUUUUGGUGAAAUAUAUGAUCUCGAAGUAAGUUCAGAUGCUUCAACGUUUUGUAAAGGUUUGCAUUGUACUCGUUACGGAUAUCUUUUGACAUUUGGCGUAGCACUAAUUGCCGUCGUCCUUGGAGUAGUAUUGAUUGUACGCAACAACUUAAGAAAAAAGAGAACAACUAAGAUGGGAUGAAGAAAUUGGCAACUGUAGUUAUCUUGUUGGAAAACAAGUUUAUUUUAACUGUUCCAUCACAAGCUAUGAUAUAUAAUAAGCAUAUUGAAUUUGCUUGUUUAUUAAUAUUUGUACAAUGUUCAUAUAAUUCAUGUCGCUAUGUUUUAAAGUAGAAAUACAAUAAAACAACUUGCCAAUAUAUAAU